AUGCAAUUGAGGAAUGCCCAGGGAUCGGGCCAAAGUCACGAGAAACAAACCAAGUCCCAAGAUGACAAGGAAAAUGACCCACCAGGAAGCUCUGAUCUAUCAAGCACCCCAACCUUGGGAGGAGCUCGUAAGAAACAGGCAGUCGAUUUACAUGUCCAGCUGAAGAAGAAGGAUGGUCAGCUGAAGUCAUCUAGGAGCAAGAAUAAACUCAUCAAGGCAAAGCUUACUCACAGAGAAACGGCUGCAGGAGUGUUGAAAAAGGAGAAUAAUCGCCUCAGGACACUUAUAUUACAGACAGAUACCGAGAAAUCGCACCUUGCACGCCAGUUGAAGUCUGCUUAUCAUCAGAACCAGCAGCAAGUCAGCAAAAGGGAGAGAAAGUUCUUCCAAGUAGUCCAAAAACUCGAGAUGCAACAUAGCAAUGCUCUCGCUAGCUCAGAGAUGUAUAAUUGA